UUCACGAAGGUUUGAUGAUGGAUGCCUGUGUGCGAUUUGAUGAAGAAAUUAGCUUCGAUAUUCUAGGAUAAGCGGUGCAAUAUUAUUUUUACGUGAAGCUGGAAUCGAAAAUGACGGCAAAAGUGGAUACAGAUACACAGAAUGGCGCUACUCACGAAAAUUUCUCGUGGAGUCAAAGUAUAUUCGAAGUAGAUAUGAAGAUUACUGUUCCGAAGUCCGUCUUGAAAGGGAAGCAUGUGAAGGUUUCUUUGAAAGGAAGUAAUCUUCGGGUGCAGCUCGUCGCUACCCCAGAGACUGAAAUAUUGGUUGAAGGAGAAUUGGAGUACGACAUUGGUGGCGAAGAUAAAUUGUCUUGGACGCUCACCCCGGGAGAGUAUAUUUUGCUAACAUUGGAGAAACCGUUCAAAGUCCAAAAGAUGUGGACACGAUUGUUCAAAUGGGAAACUGAGUUAGAAGCUCAGAAUCUAUUAAACGAAGCACCGUUCGAAUCGCUGGAAGAAGAAGAGCAGCAAAAAAUCCAAGAGCUCAUGUGGAAGCAGCGCCAAAAGUAUUUGGUACAAGAAGGACUUGCCGGUAAAGAAACCCUUGCAACAACGCAAGAUCAGAAAACGCUAGCAAUGCUGAAAGAAGCCUGGGACAAAGAUGGUUCCCCAUUUAAAGGGACUCCUUUCAAUCCUGACGUUUUACAGUCGAUGGGGUCGAUUUUUUCCGAUAAAGCGUGA